AUGGCUCAGCCUCUUGUAAAGAAGGACGACGAUCGCGACGAUGAAGCAGAGUACUCUCCAUUUCUGGGGAUUGAAAAGGGGGCUGUUCUUCAGGAUGCUAGGGUCUUUAACGAUCCUCAGCUAGACCCAAGAAGAUGCUCUCAGGUUAUCACAAAGCUUCUGUAUCUACUGAACCAGGGUGAAACCUUCACAAAGGUUGAAGCUACAGAAGUUUUCUUUGCUGUGACCAAGCUCUUCCAAUCAAGAGAUAUAGGAUUGAGGAGAAUGGUUUAUCUGAUGAUAAAAGAGCUAUCACCUUCUGCUGAUGAGGUUAUUAUUGUCACAAGCUCCUUAAUGAAGGAUAUGAAUAGUAAAACUGAUAUGUAUCGGGCCAAUGCCAUUCGUGUGCUUUGUCGGAUUACGGAUGGAACCCUUCUUACCCAGAUUGAGAGGUAUCUGAAACAAGCCAUCGUUGAUAAGAAUCCAGUGGUUGCGAGUGCAGCUCUAGUUAGUGGCAUUCAUUUACUCCAGACCAACCCAGAGAUUGUCAAAAGGUGGAGUAAUGAGGUUCAGGAAGCUGUCCAGUCAAGGGCAGCCCUUGUACAGUUCCAUGCACUGGCUUUACUUCAUCAGAUAAGACAAAAUGACCGUCUUGCUGUUAGCAAGUUGGUUACCAGCUUGACAAGGGGCACUGUUCGAUCUCCAUUAGCUCAAUGCCUGUUGAUCCGAUAUACUAGCCAGGUAAUCCGUGAGUCUGCUGGAAGUACACAAGCAGGCGAUCGUCCUUUUUAUGAUUAUCUUGAGGGUUGCCUGCGGCACAAAGCAGAGAUGGUAAUCUUUGAGGCUGCAAGGGCAAUUACUGAGCUUCAUGGUGUGACAAACAGAGAACUGACUCCGGCUAUCACAGUUCUUCAGCUGUUUUUAAGUUCUUCAAAGCCAGUGUUAAGAUUUGCUGCGGUUCGCACCCUAAACAAGGUGGCAAUGACACAUCCAAUGGCUGUUACGAACUGCAACAUUGAUAUGGAGAGUUUGAUUUCUGACCAGAACAGAAGCAUUGCCACACUUGCGAUCACCACACUUCUGAAGACAGGAAAUGAGUCAAGUGUGGAUCGCUUGAUGAAGCAAAUAACAAACUUCAUGUCAGAUAUUGCUGAUGAGUUCAAAAUUGUAGUUGUGGAAGCCAUUAGAUCACUGUGUUUGAAGUUUCCAUUGAAGUAUAGAGCUCUCAUGAACUUCCUAAGCAACAUUCUUCGAGAAGAGGGUGGGUUUGAGUACAAAAAGGCAAUUGUUGACUCGAUUGUGAUUCUCAUUAGAGAUAUCCCAGAAGCAAAAGAGAGUGGCUUGCUUCAUCUCUGUGAAUUUAUUGAAGACUGUGAAUUCACAUACCUUUCUACUCAGAUACUUCACUUUUUGGGGAUUGAAGGGCCCAGAACCUCGGAUCCAAGCAAAUACAUACGGUACAUUUAUAAUCGAGUGCAUCUUGAGAAUGCCACUGUCCGGGCUAGUGCUGUAAGCACAUUAGCCAAAUUUGGUGCCAUGGUUGAUUCAUUGAAGCCUCGAGUUUUUAUUCUGUUAAGAAGAUGCCUCUUCGACAGUGAUGAUGAGGUUCGUGAUAGGGCAACACUCUAUCUUAAUACACUUGGAGGAGAUGGUUCUGUUGUAGAGACUGACCAGGAUGUAAAGGACUUUCUCUUUGGGUCUUUGGAUGUCCCCCUUGUCAAUCUUGAGACAAGUUUGAAGACUUAUGAGGCUUCAGAGGAACCAUUUGACAUCAAUUCUGUACCAAAGGAGAUUAAGUCUCAGCCACUUGCUGAGAAAAAAGCCCAGAGUAAGAAGCCAACUGGUCUGGGUGCUCCUCCAAGUGGCCCUGCAUCCACAGUCGAUGCUUAUGAGAGGAUGCUCGCGUCUAUUCCGGAGUUUUCAAACUUUGGGAGACUUUUCAAGUCCUCAGCACCUGUGGAGUUGACAGAGGCAGAAACCGAAUAUGCAGUUAACGUUGUCAAGCACAUUUUCGAUAGGCAUGUUGUGUUCCAGUACAACUGCACCAACACCAUUCCCGAGCAAUUACUGGAAAAUGUUAUUGUUGCCGUUGAUGCUUCUGAAGCAGAAGAUUUUACUGAAGCGGGAUCCAAGCCUCUCAGGUCUCUUCCUUACGAUACACCUGGCCAGACCUUUUUGGCAUUUGAGAAGCCAGAAGGUGUCCCUGCAGUUGGAAAGUUUUCAAACACUUUGAGGUUCAUUGUGAAAGAGGUUGAUCCAACCACUGGUGAGGCAGAGGAAGAUGGUGUAGAAGAUGAAUACCAGCUGGAGGACCUUGAUGUGGUUGCUGCUGAUUAUAUUUUGAAGGAACAAGUACACAAUUUCAGGCAUGCAUGGGAAAACAUGGGCCCAGAUUGUGAGCGUGUAGAUGAAUAUGGCCUGGGCCAAAGGGAGAGCUUGAACGAAGCAGUCUCUACUGUCAUUAGCCUCCUUGGAAUGCAGCCCUGUGAGGGCACGGAGGUUAUUCCGAGCAACUCAAGGUCCCACACGUGUUUAUUGUCUGGUGUAUACAUAGGCAAUGUAAAGGUCCUUGUGCGGUUGUCUUUUGGAAUUGAUAGUUCAAAGGAGGUUGCAAUGAAGCUUGCGGUUAGAUCUGAGGAUGUGACUGUCAGUGAUGCCAUCCAUGAGAUUGUGGCCAGCGGCUAGUUGAGUAAUAUCAAGAUGCUUCAGACACUUCGGCCUUUUUUUUUCUCUAAUGAGAGCACUAGCGGGGAUGGCUGCAUACAGAACAAACAUUUUGUAGAAAGAACUGGACAUUACUAAAUUCAAAUUUAAGUGAGCUUGCAAGGGGGUCAUUUGCAAUUUAGUGUGCGAUUUCCGCUCACUUGUUAAUUCUUACACCCUUAUAUUUUGUCUUUCUAUUUGUUUAUUCAAGUGUAGUUUCAAUUGGCUUUGUUAAUGUAUCUGACCUGAAAUUUGAAGCACUCUGGAUUAUAAAGAAGUCAAUUGUAUUGUUUGGGUCGUCUUCUCCAUUUGAAAAAGUGGCGGUUUCUAUAAUACUACUGUGUUUAC